AGACCAUCACCCUUUCUGGACCACCUUCCAGGCUUCACAGUUUGGGUGAACAUGUCGGCCAGCCCCUUGCUCUAGUGGCGCUGUUAAUUGAUGCCAGGUUGUGGAAUAAGGCCUCUUAUGGAUGAGAAAUUAACAGAGACUCGUAUUGUAGGUGGACAUGAUGCUAAGCUUGGGUCUUGGCCAUGGCAAGUUAGUCUUCAACAUUAUACUGCUGGUAUAGGAUAUUUCCAUAUGUGUGGUGGAUCUUUAAUCAAUAACAACACAGUGGUGUCAGCAGCACACUGCAUUAAAAAAUGGAGGAACCCAGCUUUUUGGAGGGCUGUGAUUGGCUUGCAUCAUCUUUAUGAACACAACUCUCAUACUGUAAAGCGCCGGAUCAGUACUAUCGCAUCCCAUUCUAGUUAUGAUUCGGAAACCUAUGAAAAUGAUAUUGCCUUGUUUACGCUAAUAAAAUAUAUCAAAUUCAAUGAUUAUAUUCAGCCCAUCUGCUUACCUGACGCUCCUUUGACUAAUGACGAGUACCCAUGUUACAUAGCUGGAUGGGGAAACACAAAGGAGAAAGGUAGUGGCAAAUUAAUAUUACAAGAAGCUCAGGUAGACAUUAUUCCACUGAGAGUGUGCAAUAGAUAUGAUUGGUAUGGAGGAAUAAUAACAAAGAAUAUGGUUUGUGCUGGCUCUGCAAGUGGACGUGUUGACAGCUGCCAGGGAGACAGCGGUGGACCUUUGAUGUGUUAUUUUCCAAAUAUCACCAAGUACUAUCUGGUAGGAAUCACCAGUUUUGGGUAUGGUUGCGGCAGACCAAAAUCUCCAGGAAUCUAUGUCCGUACAGUUAACUACAGAAGCUGGAUAGAUUCACAUCUGCUUGACAAAGCCACCACUGCGAGUAUUCAGUGGUUCCUGAUCUUUUUGACCGUUGAGUGGGCAGUCUUAUAAUUUUCAGAAUUAAACCAAUAGUAUAAUAUAUAUAUUUAUAUGCUAGGUUGUAAACGAUUAUAAGAGAUGCCAAAUGUUAUAC